AUGGGGAAGGCGUCGAAUCGCCCAGCCGUCGAGCGACUUAUUGAGCGCAAUCGUCGCGACGAAAAGCGCAACGCAGAGCUGACGCAAGGCGUAGCUACGCACAUUCAGAUGAUCAAUGCCUACCGCAGUGAUGCAAGGGUAGAGGCACUAAGGCGACGCAAGGCAGCAAUCGCUGAUUUUGAAGACUUCGCAACAGAAUUGGCGUCCACUGUUCAAGAAAAAGAAGCACAACAAAAGAUUAAAGGGGCGGAGUUGCAGCAUCGCGUCACCAGUAGAUUGGGAGAGCAACAUCAAAAACUGACAAAUAUCGAUCUGCAAAGGCAGAAAGUUUGUAUGGAGAGCGAGGAGAUCCGCAAACUCAAGGAACAACUGGCAACAGCGAAGGUAAACCGCGAAAGAGCUGCUCAGCUACUUGAACGACAAGUUAGGGAAGUCGAUGCUGCCAUGGUGGAUGCACGGCUGAACUUGGCUAUGGAAGAGGAGCGGCUGGCUGAGUGUGAAAAAGCCAGGCGCAGGGAGCUUGAACGCAACUUACAGAUGCGUCGUGUUGGGGAAGACUUGGCUGAUCAGAUCACUGCAAGGCGACGUAUGAAACAAGAAGAAACUGCAAAGAAAUACGCUAGUGAACAGGAACAAGUUGGAGCAGUUGUUGCAAAGCUUUUAGAGGAAAUGGAGGAUGAGAGACGGCAGUUGGCAGAACGCCGACAGAUGCACGCGAUUUUAGUUCAAGAAGUGACAAAAGAGAGGGAGAGGCAAAAGCAGCGGCUUCGUGAAGAGAAGCUUAGAGAAGAAAGCGAAAUCAGGGAAUACCUUGAAAUGCAACGUAAACGCACGGAAGACCUGGCCCGGGAGAAGGAACUAGUGCGGAGAGAGAAGGCAAGAGUUUUGAAUGAACUACUACAGAGCCAGUUGCAAAAACAGAAAGAAGAGACAGACUAUGCUCAGCUUGUAGCAGAGUUGUACACAUACGAGCGCGAUGAGCAGGAACGGCAGAAGGAAGAAGCCCAGAAGCAAAAACGACAAGAAGAGAAGGCACUACUGUUAGCUGCAUUUAAGGAACAGAUGGAGGAGAAGGAAAGACAACGCCAAGUUCAACUGGCUGUAGAAGGGAAAUUCCGGCAAGAGCUUCUUGCGAAGUUUGCUAGAGAAGUCGCGCUUGAGCAGAUGACCCAGCAGAGGCGCAAGCUCGCUAUUUUGGAGCACAACAAGCAGGUGGAAGCCAUAAUCCAAGAGCGUCGACGUCAAAUGGCGAAGGAGCGUGAGAGGGAAUUGGAAGAGCACCGCAAAAGUGCCGAACUGGAAAAUGAGAAACGAAUGAUCAUUCAGCAAGAGAGGGAGAGACUGCUACGCGAGCACGCAGAGCUCGCCGAUUUCUUGCCAAAGAAUACUCUGCAAGGCAAACGAGAACAAAAUAUAGUUAGAGACGCAAAACACCAACAUCCUGCAAGCAUUCCCCUAGAUAAACUGACCACACUCCCCAGAACGAUACGACCACUGAGCGUUGGGGACUCCCCUGAAAUGUAA